CGAGGAUAAAAUCAAUAAAAAAAACAUGUUUUAUUCCAUAUAUUUGAGUCUCUUUCUAUGUUUUAAAUGUAAAGGGAGGAGCAACACUGAGCCAACAGAUGAAAACGGCAUUUCUACAGAAAUGAAAGUGAAAGUUUGUCAAAGUGAUUCCUGAGUUGCUGUGGAGGAAAACGUCCCGUUUCCUUCUGAAGACAAAUUUAGUUUAUGUUUCUCUUCUGGUCCUGAUUCAGACAUGUCUUCUGGCAGCAGCCGGCGGUCUGAGGAUCAGUUUCUGUGCUCCAUCUGUCUGGAUGUGUUCACUGAUCCAGUCAGCACACCAUGUGGACACAACUUCUGCAAGACCUGCAUCACUCAGCACUGGGACAGAGAUGUUGGAUGUCAGUGUCCUUUAUGUAAGAAGGAGUUCAAGACGAGACCUGAGCUGGAAGUCAACACCUUCAUCAAAGAGAUGGUUGAUCAGUUCAGACGUGAAGCUCAGCAGGAAGCCAGCAGCAGCUCAGAGCAACAAGCUGCCAAGCCAGGAGAAGUUCCCUGUGACGUCUGCACUGGACCCAAACUGAAGGCCCUGAAGUCCUGCAUGGUGUGUCUGACCUCCUACUGCCAGACUCACCUGGAGCCUCACCUGACCGCUCCACGUCUGAAGAAACAUCAGCUGAUGGAGCCGGUGGAGAACCUGGAGGACAGGAUGUGUCUGCAGCACGAUAAACCUCUGGAGCUGUUCUGUAGGAACGACCAGACAUGCGUCUGCUUGGUCUGUCCUGUUUUAGACCACAAGAACCACGAGCUGGUUCCUCUGAGAGAAGAAUCUGAAGGAAAGAAGGCAGAGCUGAGGAAGAUGGAGGCUGAAGUUCAGGAGAUGAUCCAGGAGAGACGACUGAAGAUCCAGGAGAUCAGAGAGUCGGUGAAGAUCAGUAAAGAUGCUGCAAACAGAGAGAAAGCAGAAGGUGUUCAGGUCUUCACGGCUCUGAUAGAGUCUGCUGAGAGAGGCCUGAAGGAGCUCCUCAAGGAGAUCCAAGACAAACAGGAAACUACAGAGAAACAGGCUGAAGACUUCAUCAGAGAUCUGGAACAGGAGAUCUCUGAGCUGAAGAAGAGGAGCUCUGAGGUCAAGCAGCUCUCACAGGAUGAAGAUCACCUCCACCUCCUCCAAAGAUUCUCCUCCCUGAAAGAUGCUCCACCCACCAAGACCUGGACAGAGGUCAGAGUUCAUCCACCAUUAUAUGAGGAGACUGUGGUGAGAGCUCUGGCUCUGUUUGAGCAGAAUAAGGAGAAGAUAUUGGAGAUGAAGAGGAUCCAGCAGUUUGCAGUGGAUGUGACUCUGGAUCCUGAUACGGCUCAUCCUAACCUCAUCCUGUCUGAUGAUGGAAAACAAGUGAAACAUGAAGAUGUGAAGAAGAAACUUUCAGACAAUCCAGAGAGAUUUUCUAAGUGUGUUUCUGUUUUAGGACAGCAGAGUUUCUCUUCAGGCAGAUUUUACUUUGAGGUUCAAGUUAAAGGAAAGACUGACUGGACUUUAGGAGUGGUUAGAGAGUCUGUUGACAGGAAAGGAAAAAUCAACCUCAGUCCUCAGAACGGUUUCUGGGCUGUUGGGUUGAGAAAUGGAUAUGAGUACUUAGCUUUUGUUGGAUCUCUAAUCCGUCUCCAUCUCCAUCCUGGUCCUCAGAAGGUGGGGGUGUUUGUGGAUUAUGAGGAGGGUCUGGUCUCCUUCUAUGAUGUAGAUGCUGCAGCUCUGAUCUACUCCUUUACUGGCUGCUGCUUCAAGGAGAAACUCCACCCAUACUUUGGUCCUGGCCUUAAUGAUGGUGGUAAAAACUCUGCUCCUCUGAUCAUCUGUCCUGUUGACCAGGCUGAUGAUGAAGAAGAUGAUGAUGGAUGAAAAUGUCUAAUCUCAGUGACUGCAGAUGAAGUCACAGUUCAGUUCACUGCUGGAUUAUUUGCUGCAGUUUUUCUUCUUCUUUGUUUCUGAUUGAGCAUAAAGUCAAAUCAAAAUGUUUUCAGUUUAUUUCAUUGUUCUACUGAUUGUUUCCUUUGUUUUAUUAAGUUUCAACAUGUAGAUCAAAUUAAAACUGAUUAUAUUUCUAAUAAUGGGAACAAAACAUUCAAAGUCUGUUUCUCCCAGUUUUGGUUCCUGUUGGUUUUAUCUGAACUUUUAAUAAUAAGUGAAAACGUAACGUGAC